CACAAACAAAAGCCAACAAGCCCAGAUAAAUAACGGGUUAAUCCCGCAGCCGCUCGCGCCGGGGAAGGAGUGGGCGGCCAUGACACCUGGGCGCGCGGCGCUCUCGCGCAGUUUCGACAAACCUUCGCUCGCGCUCUGCGGGUCGUCGUCGGGCAAAAGUUUUUUAACAGGUAACGAGACGACGGAGAAAGAGGAAGAAGGAGAGAGAAAAUACGGACAUUCGGAUCACGAGGCAGCAGAUGAAUCUAAAACAGAGUCUGGAUGUAUCAUCCUAUCAAACAACGUUUUAACAAGUCCCUCCGGCACAACAACAAAGUCACAGUUCCAUGAAGACGCUCAUUUGGAGUAGUUCAUAGUUGCAGAUUUUUAUAGCUUUUAAUCCUGUCUUUGGGACGGAGAUGACUGCUCCCCAAACCUGCUGAGCGCUCCUUGAAAAACAAUGCAACAAGGAGGUCCUCCCGCUCCUCCUCCUCCACCACCACCACCUCCUCCCCCUCCACCACCACCUCCUCCUCCACCUCCAGCCCCUGGCCUUCCUCUAUCACUACAUGGCGCUGGCUCCAUUGCCAAGGGAGCGCUCCGGCGCUCCAGGAUGCGCAAUUUCAACUGGGAAACCCUCCCUAAACACAGCGUGGUAGGAAAGCACAACAUCUGGACCGCGGAUAAGACCGAUGGGGAAUAUGAGCUGGACACUGAUCACAUGGAGGAGCUGUUCAGCCACAAGCAGAACCAGCAACAACUCAAGGCCCUGAAACGCCAGAGUCUGAGGGGCCAGCCGACUGCUGCCUCGGGGGGCGUUCCGGUUUCCAUCCUGAGCUCCAAGAGUAGCAUGAACAUUGGAAUUUUCCUCAAGCAAUUCAAACGGCCUGUAAAGGAGAUGAUUGAAGAAAUCAAAUCUGGAAGUAGUCUCAGCUUUGCGUCUGGAAAACUGAGGGAGCUCUGCAAGCUGCUGCCAGAUGAAGGGGAGGAGAAGCAGCUGGUCCGCUUUAAGGGCGACCACUCCGCUCUACCCGAAGCCGAUCUGUUUAUGCUAAUGCUAGUCCAGAUUCCCAGCUACGAAGAGCGUCUCAGCAGCUUGGUGCUCAAGGAGGAGUUUUUCCCCCUCAUGAAUGAUAUGAAAGAAUGCAUUGGCACUUUAUCAGCAGCUGGAAAGGAGCUUUUGGAGUCUGAUAAUCUCCAUUCUGUCAUUCGGCUGGUACUGAAGACUGGAAAUUACAUGAAUGCGGGGGGCUAUGCAGGCAGUGCAGUUGGCUUCCGAAUGGCUUCUCUGUUAAAGCUAGUGGAUACCAAAGCAAACAAACCCGGAAUGAAUCUUAUGCAUUAUGUUGUGAUGCAAGCUCUGAAGGUGGAUAUGGAACUUCUUAAAUUUACAGACCAACUCAAACACAUUGAAGCUGCAGCAAGAAUGAAUAAAAGUGAAAUUGAAGCAGAGUUUGACAAACAGGUAAUAAGAGUUCAAUCUGCCAAAGCGGACACCCUGAAGCAAGAAGACCUAAAGGAGCAGAUGGAGGAUUUUCUGAAAGAGGCUGAAGUCUGCUUGGCAGAAAUAGAGACUGAUCUUCAGGAAUUGCAGUCAGUGAGUGACUCUGUGGCUGAGUACUUCUGUGAAAACCCCACCACGUUUAAAUUGGAGGAGUGCUUCUCCAUUUUCAACUCCUUUUGUGAGAGAUUUAUGCGGGCUAUGCAGGAAAACAAGGCUCGCGAGGUGGCAGAGGUGAAGCGCAGACACAGAGAGCGAUUGCAGAUCGCCAGCAAACGUAGGUCCACAGCCACCUGCUCCAGUAGAGACAAGGAAAUGGAUGGAGUUGCAUUGCAGUCAAUACUACAGAACUUCCUUACGAAGGGUGUCCCCCAAAGGAGAACCGGAAGGCCCUCCUCCGCUUAUGAAGGACCCGCGAUUGGCAGCCCCGACAAGGGGAGCCUAUCAGGAAUGACAUGUAAGGUAGACCUGCCAGCUGGAAAACAACUGAGAGGUUUCAAGAGUAACGACAUGUUCAGAAAAGAGUGGAAUUCAGCAGCUGAACUCACAGAGAACCUUUCGCAAAAAGAUCAGUCCGAUGGCGAGGAAUGCUGGGCAAAAGGUGGCAUUCAAAAUGAAGAAGAUGGGAACAUCUCCAGAAAAGAGGAGCCAGCAGAUUCGACACAGCCGACCGGUAGGACCACCGGCGUUUCGCCCGCAGGCAGAUCUUUCUCUGCUGCCACUGAUGAUAGUGAGGAAGAUCUACAGGAUAAUAAUGAGGACGAGGCUCAAACGUUGCGUGAAGCAUCCAAAAAGGUUUUGCGCUUUCAGAACAGCCGCAGUAGUGUCUCAUCUGAUGACCAUUAUCCGGAAAAUCAGAAAUCUCCUGGUGCAAGUACCCGCCUGCCUCGACAACGCACGGUUGAUCAAGAAACGGAUAGAUAUCCUGAAGACCCCACCAAUAAUGAUUUAGUACAAUUUUUGCUAAAUCCUCAAACUUCCUCCAAACGUAACCUUGGCCGCCGCCAUACUCUUCCUACCAAAGUCCCUAAAACUGAGGGGGAUGAACACGAUCUGUUUGCUCUGCCUCCAGUCAGAACUCCUCAUUCUGCCAAAAGGGAAAAAGGGACAGUACCAGCAGAAGGUUCCUCAAAACAAGUGUUUGAUUUUACUGAAACAUCUCACAACUUUCAAAAAUGUAGUGCUCAAGACCAGAAUUCUGUUUCCGAAGAAAAGCCAAGCAAGCCGAAUGUUUCCGAUGGUGAUGCUCAUGGGCCGCAAGACGAAGUGGGGGAAUCGGGGGAGCUCACGGACAGUCCCAUGCAAAGUAAUGCUGAAGAAAUUCCCCCCAAAAGUACACAGAAAACUGAAAACUCUGGACUAUUUUUUUACUUUUUAAAACGCCUUGGAGACCUGAGCAAAGUGCAGAACAGCAAGGAAACCGUCCAUAAGGGCAACGAUUCUGCUGUGUGAGCAUUGACGUGUAUCGCAUUUAAGGUCAGGCCAGUUCAUGUAACUUUAGUAUUAUCCUUGGUUAUAAUGUAUUGUUAUAUUUAAUUUCAAUUUCUUUCUUAUCUUUUAAUUGAUAAAGAACACAUGACGACAUGGAGAGACUGUUCUUGCAAAAUGGUUGUAGAGUGUCUUUUUUUUAUUUUUUAGGAAGACCAUUUGUUUUAUGUUGUACCACUAGGUGGAAGAAUACAACAGUAAAAUAUGGGUGUUGUCGUUGUUUUCCAUGCACGGUAUACACUGCCAGGUAAACUAAAGAACAAUGAGCCUAAGCAUUGUUAAACUUGUCAUUUGCAGAAUAUUAAUAUCCCCUUGAAAUGAAAUUCUCAGUUGGAUAAAUGCUGAAAUACUGAGUCAUUUCUUUGUCAUGACUGAAAAGUGCACUGUUGCAGAUUGUAUUGAAAAAGUAAAUUAAUAUUUAACAUCAGACCACAGAAAGUUGAAAAUCUGGGUUUGAAUUUUUGUUUUUAUAUUUUGAUACUUGCAGACGUUUUUUGCCUCUUUGUGUUGUAGGCUUUCAUUGUUGUAAAGUUAAAUGUCCAACCGCUGGUGUCGUUCUAUAAUGUAAACGAACAUGCCGCCAUUCGUUUACCACUGCUGGUGCUAAAGCCACUGUUUGUAAUAUUGGUGAAUUGGGUUACAAAAUGUAUUUUUUUUUUUGGUUCAAGAAGGUCCUUGUUUAUGUUGAACCACUAGGUGGCAGAGCACAACAGUAACACAGUAAACCUCUGCUCAGGAAGUGUGGGUGUUGUGGAUUUCCGUGCAAUACACUGCCUAGAAAACGAAAGAAUAGUGAGCACACGCGCUAUUAAACCUUUUUUUUAAUUCCUGGACAUGACCUUGAAAUGACAGCAUUGCUUGUCAUCGUUUGGAUAAAUGGUAUUGAGCCAUUUCUUUGUCAGGGUUGAAAUUUGCAACCUUGCAGAAGUAAAUUAAUGUGCAAGACGAAAGCAUAAAAUGAUGGGACUUUAUGGAAAGUUUGUCACUGAAUCAUAACAAAAAUGAAGGGUUAAGGCUUUUAUGAUAUGAAGGAACCAGCCUCCAUUCAUUUUCUUCUGCUAGUGCAAAUGCCAACAUCAUCGACAACAACCCCACUGUCUCCACUGGCUUGGAGCAGAUACACAGAGCUACUGAGGCCACAGCUUAGUGCCCAUAUGGAGUAUCAAAAUUAUGUCUUUUUUAUUGGUAUAAAAUAUGUAUAAGAUUAAGGCGGAAGCUAUCAUAAUUACAGAGAGAAAAAAAUACAUGGUCACUAAAUCAAGUUGUUUGUAUUUCUAAUCCGUGAGCGUGUUAAAUAUGUAUGAAUACAUAUUUUUGAGUAAGAAUAGCUUGAGCUCAGAUGUCAAGAUAACUCUGCUUUCCACCUAUCAACAGUAGAAGCAUACUAUUACACUAUAUGUUAAAUUAUAUUCUAAAAUAGGAAAAAAAAUACAAUGUAUACAGCUUCACAAAGUUUAGAAUUAAUGUUUGAUGAUGAAACAUACCAGCCACGAAUUGAUAUUUCUUGUAUUUUUAAUAUUGUUUGUAAGACAUGUGAUUCACCUGCCGCACCACCGUCUGUCGAAGAUUUAAUUUGGCUGUUAUUUAGGUAUUUAUUUUGAGGUUAUUGCUGGACUAUGCGGUUUGGAGUUGCUAUGAGCAAUCGCUGAUUUUGUUUUUCCCGCAUAAAGGUUAGCCCCAAUAAAUAAAUAAAAAUAUGA